GUACACUGUGCAGUUGCUGGUCCCAUUGAAGAUUCGCCUCCAAACAAUAAAUCAUGGCCAAGGAAACUGAGGACUUCUCGCAGCUCGAACUGGAAUCCAUCAUUGGUUUUAACGGGAAAGUACCUUCUGGCUUAACUGUACAUCCUGAUUGUGAAAAUAUAAUUUAUCCUCUGGGAUGUACAACUGUUGUACAAAACCUCAAGACUAGCCAACAGGCUUUCCUGGAAAGCCAUACCAACAACAUCUCUUUUCUUGCGGUUAGUAGGAGUGGAAGAUAUAUUGCAACAGGACAGGUCACUUAUAUGGGUUUUAAGGCUGAUAUCAUCAUCCAUAACUAUGUUGAAAAAGCAAUUCAUGCAACCAUGACACUUCACCAAGCCAAAGUUGAAGCAUUGGCAUUUUCCCCAAAUGAUCUCUAUUUGGUGUCUCUUGGCGGUCAGGAUGAUGGCAGUGUUGUCAUUUGGAAUAUUGCAACAAAAUCAUCUAUCUGUGGCAGUCCUGCUUGUGUUGCCACUGCAGGAAAUGCACUGAGUGUAAAAUUUGCUAACAAUAUGGACGAUACCUUCAUUACAGGAGGAACUGGUACACUACGUCUCUGGCUCUUAGAUUUACCCAACAGAAAAAUCCGUCCCAUGGAAUGCCAAACUGGACCUUUGAAAAGAAUAAUCAACUGUAUUGAGGUAACAAAAGAUGAUAGUUUCUUCUACUGUGGAACUACUACUGGUGAUAUUUUGAUGAUCAGCAUGAAAACUGGACGUCUGAAUAAUUAUGGACCAAUAAAGAAUAAGUUCAGUUUGGGUGUCACUGCAAUAGUAGAGCUAAAAUCGGAGGACACCCUUGUUGGAACUGGAGAUGGUCUUAUAGCUCUGUGCAAAGCACCACACUUCAAGACACUCAAAAAAGUGCAGGUGGAUGGUGGUAUCACUUCAAUCAGUCUUCGUGGUCAAGGACACCAGUUCUUUGUCGGGACCAUUACUUCCCAGAUAUAUCGAUUUAAUUUCACUGAGUUUAAAGAGGAUCUGAUCACUACAUGUCACUGUGAUGCUGUUCUUGAUAUAGCAUUUCCCUGUGGAACCUCAGACUUGUUUGGAACAUGCUCUAAGGCUGAAAUACGAAUCUGGCAUACACCCACCAAUAAAGAACUCCUGCGAAUCUCUGUGCCAAACAUGACUUGCAAUGCCAUUGAAUUUAUGUGUGAUGGGAAAAGUAUUAUCAGUGCUUGGAAUGAUGGGAAGAUUCGUGCUUUUACACCAGAGACUGGCAGAUUAAUGUAUACAAUCAAUAAUGCUCAUCAUGAUGGUGUCACUGCGAUUGCUGCCACUAAUGACUGCAAGAAAAUAAUCAGUGGAGGUGGUGAAGGACAGAUACGGAUAUGGGAAAUUUUUCCAAAAAGCCAAAAGUUUUCUGCAGGUCUGAAGGAGCACACAUCAACUGUGUCAUGUAUUAAAAUUAAGAAAAAUGACCAAGAAUGUGUAACAGCAAGUUAUGAUGGUACCUGCAUCAUCUGGGAUAUAAUACGCUAUGCAAGAAAUCAAAUGAUUUUGGCAAACACCCUUUUUAAAUGUGUUUGUUACCAUCCUGAGGAAUAUCAAAUAAUAACCAGUGGAAAAGACAGGAAGAUCGGUUAUUGGGAAGUAUAUGAUGGAUCAGCUAUCAGAGAACUGGAUGGGUCCUUAUCUGGUUCUGUUAAUGGAAUGGACAUUACAAUGAAUGGUGACUUCUUUGUUACAGGAGGUGAAGAUAAAUUGAUCAAAUUUUGGGGAUACAAUGAAGGUGAAGUUAUACAUAUUGGAAUAGGUCACAGUGGAACAGUCAAUCGUAUUAAGAUCUCUCCCUCUGUGAAACACAUUAUCAGUGUGAGUUCAGAUGGAGCUAUUCUGCGAUGGAAAUAUCCUUAUACAAACUAAUCCUUAUAUGCACACUUUAUUGACACACAACAGUAUUGCUUUAAAAUUCCACCUUUGACUUAAAGUUUCAGGCAGUCAGUGGUGAAUUUUCAUGAUAUCUGCUUUGGAUUUCAUAGAAAUAGACCUCCAUAUUGUCCAUCCUGUUCUUAUGUUUCUCGAGUACCCCCUUGAGGAAUUAAUGAAAAUUCUGUCCCUUUAGUUUUUGAAUUUGAAGUUAAGUAAUUUGGAAGAAACCCUGUUCCCCAAAGGUGUAAUUAUAAAAGACUUGAAGUUUGAAUACAUUAAAUAUUUAAUGGUUCUGUGCAAAUUAAAGUUAAAUUAAUGUAUCUACUUUCAUAACUUUUAAUUGUGCACUACUGUAAAAAUUGAUUUUAUGCUGUUAAGCAUUAUCUUUCUAGUAUCAUUUUUACAUGUUUCUAUUUCAAUGUACUUAUGAUAUUGAAUGAUAAAUGAUUUUUAAUUACAUUGUAACUUUAUAGAAAGAAUAAAUUUGACAGAAUUGCAUCUAGUUAUCUUUAAAGAAUAAAGUUUUUUAAACUGAA